AUGCGGACGAUCGGCGCGUUUGCGUAUACCCAACUUGAAGUUUUCUCGAGCACUUUGGUACAUGACUUGAUCAUAUCAGAAGCGCUCCUUGACAGCGUGACACUCUGCACUUUUCGCAACGAAUCCCCACCAAUGGCAGAACCAAAGACAGGCAGAAGACGGCGGGCCCACGGGAAAUCGCGCAACGGAUGUGUGGCGUGCAAGCGCAGGAGGAUCAAGUGCGACGAAGAGAAGAGCGGCUGCGGUUACUGCGUACGAAGGGGAGCGGAGUGUGUGUACGCACCUUGGUCCCAAACGAGAGCGUCUGCCGGAUGCCAACAGCCAACACCCCCUGCGACGACGUCUUCGACGGCUGCCAGCGUGGCUUCACCAUCCGGGAAUGCUGUGCAGACACCUCCACCCAGGCUGUCGCCCGCCAUCCUCAGCGACGAUGCAGAGCUGGGCACUUCCUUCCGCAUGAACGACCUCACUCUGCUGCACCACUGGUCCGUCGUCACCAGCCUCAGCCUGGUCAAUACCCCCGGCGUCGAUCACAUCUGGCAAACCGUCAUGGUGCAGGUGGGCACUCGCAAUCCGUACGUGAUGCAGGGCAUCUUCAGCCUGACGGCGCUGCACCUGGCGUAUCUCGACCCGGCCAACAAGCACACGCUGAUGGCGGCGGCCGCUCAGUACCACAACCGGGCCCUGCGCGACUUCCAGGCGCGCAUCUGCGACGUCGACCAGCACGACAGCGAUGCGCUGCUGGCGAGCGCGUCCAUCAACAUCUUCUAUGUCAUCGCCGCCUUUGGGAAGCUGUACCACGGCGACGCCGGCGAGUCGUCGGCCAGCCGUCGCGCGCACAUGCUGGGCGAGGACUGGAUUGCGCUGGUGCGCGGCGUCAACCGGCUGCUGCUGCAGAUUGGCGAUCGCGUGCGCGCCGGGCCGCUAAGCUCAUUACUAAGCCUCGCCAACUGGGAGGACCUCGACCCAGACACCAUCGCCUUCCCCCACGAUGCCGCCCUGCAGUCUCUCCGCUCCACAUGGGCAGACGCGCCCGACGCCCCCGUCUACGACGAGUCGCUGUACCUGCUGCGCAAGUGCUGGGCUUGGACCACGCAGUUUCGCCAUUCCCCCGGCCUCGACGCCCUGCCGCAGCCCGCGUCGCAUCCCGACUGGGGCUACAACCGCAGCUGGAGUGCCCCCUUCAUCUGGCUGAGCCUCGCGCCGGAUGGCUUCUUCUUGCGCCUGCAGCAGCGCCAACCGCCUGCGCUCCUGUUGUUUGCCCAUUUCGGCGGCCUGUCUGCGGGGCUCCAGCAGUACUGGUGGAUGGAAGGCUGGGGCAAGAACAUGGUCGUGGCGGCGGCCGAGACCUUGGGGAGCUACUGGCAUGUCUGGAUGGAGCUGCCAUGGAGACUGGUCGCGGCCUCAUGCGACGACGAUUAG